CCGGCCGCCACUUCCGGCCGGGUGAUGGGGGGGUGGCGGUGGCCGCCGCCGCCGCCGCCGCUGCCGCCGGAGAGAGGGAGGGCGCGCAGGAGCCGCCGCCGCCCCGGGGCCGGGCGCUGCGGCACCGCCACUUAACGCUGCUGCCGCCGCGGCGGCAGGUCAAUUUUGUUGGCGGAUAGUGGAGGAUAAUGGCAGGCAAUAACCAGCUCUGCAUUCGACGUUGGACCACCAAGAACGUGGCGAGGUGGCUGAAGGAAGAAGGCUUCUGUGAAUAUGUGGAUACUUUGUGCAAUAGACACAGGCUAGAUGGAAUUACACUGCUGACACUCACAGAAUAUGACUUACGAUCCCCACCUUUGGAAAUCAAAGUCCUGGGGGACAUCAAAAGGCUCAUGUUGUCCAUACGCAAGCUGCAGAAGCAACAUAUUGAUGUCCUAGAAGAGCUGGGUUACAACAGUGACAGUCACGUUGGCACAGUGUGCCCGAGUGCUGGCUCACUACAGAGCUCAGAUUGGUUUUGUAACGGUGAAGUACCUCGGGACUAUGAUGGACCAAUUACUGACUUGAAUGGUGAUCAGUAUCAGUAUGCAAAUGGCAAAAACAAACACUCUACGCGAAGACUGGACCCCGAGUAUUGGAAGACAAUUUUAAGUUGUGUGUAUGUCUUCAUAGUGUUUGGCUUUACGUCAUUUGUCAUGGUUAUAGUACAUGAGCGAGUACCUGACAUGCAAACAUAUCCACCUCUGCCAGACAUAUUUCUAGAUAGCGUCCCAAGGAUACCAUGGGCUUUUGCUAUGACUGAAGUAUGUGGCGUAAUUCUCUGCUACAUUUGGCUGUUGGUUCUUCUACUUCACAAACACAGAUCUAUACUUCUACGAAGACUGUGCAGCCUCAUGGGGACAGUAUUCUUAUUACGUUGCAUUACAAUGUUUGUUACCUCACUCUCUGUGCCAGGCCAACACUUGCAGUGUACUGGAAAGUUGUAUGGCAAUGUUUGGGCAAAACUCCAGCGGGCAUUUGCAAUAUGGAGUGGUUUUGGAAUGACUCUGACUGGAGUACAUACGUGUGGAGAUUACAUGUUCAGUGGCCACACUGUCGUCCUGACCAUGCUCAACUUCUUUGUCACAGAAUAUACGCCAAGGAGCUGGAACUUCUUGCAUACCUUAUCCUGGGUCCUGAAUCUCUUUGGAAUCUUCUUCAUUUUAGCUGCACAUGAACAUUAUUCUAUAGACGUCUUCAUUGCCUUUUACAUCACUACAAGACUCUUCCUGUAUUACCACACGCUGGCUAAUACUAGAGCCUAUCAACAGAGCAGGAGAGCCAGGAUCUGGUUUCCAAUGUUUUCUUUUUUUGAAUGCAACGUUAACGGUACUGUUCCCAAUGAGUAUUGCUGGCCCUUUUCAAAACCUACUAUCCUGAAAAGAUUGAUUGGCUGAAGAGUGUGGGGGUCAGUUCAGAUUUGCAUGAAGUGUUAUGACUAAGAUCCUACAAGGUGAGCGGGGUGGGGGGGAUGUAAAGUAACAUUUUUCUCACUCUGUGAUCUCCUCCUCCUUGUCUUGCUUCUUAGAUUCUUAGCCAUAGAAUGGGGUUCUCGUACAUCACGGGGAUGUGUUUUGUUUUCUUGUUGCUUUGAUAGAAAACAAUGGAGGGACUGGUAAAGGCUGUCAGUGAACCAUGACUAUGAACCAGCAUAUUGCUGCCCUUAGUAAGGUUCUGUGUGAAUGUUUAAAUAACUGUAACCUCAAAUAUGUUCUUGUACCGAGUAUAAUAUGCCCUUUACAGGUCCAAAUAAUCUCCGUUACCUGACAUGCCAGCCUUUACAUAUACUGACUUAAAAAUUAGAACUUUAUGAGGAUUUUCUUUGAAAACAGUCAUAAAUGUGAUUCUGAAACAAACUCUGUGUAUACUUAAGGAUUGAGGAGUAUUGUGUCAUAAUGAGGAAAACAGUAUAGUUCCUUGCUAAAAGGGUCUCUUAACUGUUAAAUAACAAGUCUUAAAGUAUAAUUGACAGUAUAAAUGGUCUGUGUAUGGGUUGCCAAAAAUGAGAGUCUGCCUUGUGGCUAUGCAGUGAUGAUGAUUUUUUAAUGAGAGCUUAUUUAGUCUAGUCUAUCAGUUGUCUACAUGGUUGUUCUAGCACUUGGAAGUUUUCCCUUUUGUGUUUAAAUAAAUGAGUUAAAGUAAAUGCUACAUCCAAUGACAGUAAAGUUAAUUUAGCUUUAGUGAAUUUAAAGCCACAAAAUAACUUUUCUGUGUGGUUUUUAAUUGCUUUAUACCCAAACCUGUGCAUGCUUUUUAGGAGCAGCUCUUUAACAUUGGAAAAACAGAACAGUUAUCUUCAUAUAUCUUACUGUCCCAUAAAUGGAUGGGGAAAAUGCAUGUAGUAACUCUUUCAGGAAAAGUAAUAAUAGUGAGUAUUGGAAAUAGUGCUCAUAUUGAUGUAUGUUUUAGCACUCUGGUGUCAACAAUAUGGUGAAUGUCUCUGGAUAUAUAUAUACACAGUAUAUUUGUUUAUAUAUGUAUAAAAACACACAGAGUAUAUGUUCUUCUAACAAACAUGAAAAGAGACUAGUUCUUAAUUUAAGUUGCUCAUUUACUACCCUCAGAAAAUAUCAUAAGCAGUUGAGUUUUGGUUGUUUUUCAAAAAAAUAAAUAAAAAAGAACCACAACAAACCCCCCCAAAAAACCCCAAACCAACACUCUGAGUCCAUAACACGUAAGCAAGGGUUGCGCCGUUGGUGAGGCCUUCUGCAUGCGGUGGUUUGUAAGGGGACAGUGCUGACAUUGGCUGUAGAGACUUGCAAUUAGAUUUAUGCUAGAUGGAAACUGAUAGGCAAAAGGUGAUAAUCAGAAAAAAAUAUUAUAGACCUUUUGAUUUGGUUACUGGAAUUCCAGAAUAAGUGGUGUGUGCAAAAGGUGGUGUAAGUCAGCCUUGGAAAGCCACUGGAAGCAUUUCCAGCUUGGUACAAGCUGACUUAAUGGCCACAACGUACUUACGUUUGCCUGGAAAAUAAUCCCUUUGGAAUUUUGCAAGAGAGUUUUGUAUUUGGAGGUUUGUACCCUUCUGUGGGCUACUCCUUGCUGCACCGUGUUCCUUUUAUAAACCUGGAUUGUACUAAUUUGACUAUCUUCCACUCUUAGCAGUAUAUUACUUUUGUAACUUAAUUUAGCUCCUAUUCCACAGAGGAAUUGUGCCUCUCGGAGUAUCUCUGCCAACUGUAUUGAGCACACAUACACUGUACGAUUCUGCAGACUUUUAUAUUUGUAACAUUCCAAUUUUUAAGCAAAAUUGCAAGUGUAAUACUAUAUUGUUCAAUCUGCCAUAGCCCAAUGGCUCUUCCCAUCUGAACUGGGGGAGUAUGCCUACACUUAAGGAUAAGAUUUUCUGAAAGAUUUAAAGACUUCUCAUUUGCUGUCCUUGCCUUUCUGAUUUCAGAAAGGCAAUUUGAACAUUCCUCUUGAGACUUUAUAAUGAAAGAGCUCUAUUUGUUAAUUUAUAUUUGCCUUUGCAAUGCACAUACAGCUAUGAAUGCUGUUUUUUUUUUAAACUCUAGGAAAGCAUCUGUUCUCAGGAUGGGCAGGAUCAUAUUGUGAGUUGUAGCAUGUGGAGAGGGAUGCAAUUAAACGUUCAAAGCUAUUGAUUCUGAAGAGAACCAUGUCAGUACGAAGUGGCGUAGCUGUAUCUAACCUGAAAAAUUAUUUUGCAACUUAGACAUGCAGGAGAAUUUUCAAGUACAGCCCAGUGUAACAAUGUUUACAUAAAGUAAAGCUAUCAUUUCAAUACUUUUUUUUUUAAAAGAAGUUCAUGUACUUUGAAACGUAAGGCUUCUCUCUUUGUUCUAAUUUAAUUUUUCAAAUUCUGUUAAGUAAAUCUGUGUUUUAAAUCAGCAUUGCCUAUCAGUGUUUUUUAAAGGAAGCUUGUUCUUCUGUGCUGUUCCUCUUGAUGCUAAAUAUCUGAGUCCAAGACAAAUAAGGUUGACUUUUGUGAGCAUUGAAGUGGGUUAAAGCAUUGUCAAGAAAAUUGUCCUCUUCAUUUGGGAAGUUAAUUUUGUCCUUCAAAAAAUAUGCAAGAGGAAUGCUUGAAAUUGAUAGAAGAAAAAAAAAAAUCUUUGACAUGCAGAAGAGCACAGGUCAUUCUGUAAAGCUGAUGAUGUUAAUUAUUGUUAAUUAGAUGGAAACAGUUUGCAAGUGACUGACAGGCUUAAAAUUCUGUACCUCCUUUUCAAAAAGUCAGUGUUUUAAAAGCAUUUUGCUGUUUCUCUGCUGCUAACAGUCCUUUUUAAGUAAAGGCAGGAGAGAAGCGUUGGGCGUUGGAUUUAAUGCUGAAUGUGUUCAGGGUUGUCCCCAUCCCCCGUGUUCACACACCGGUCUUUUUGCUGUCCUUUAGCUUCCUGCAUCUGUUUUGUGCAAAGUCAUCCUCUGUGGUCCGUGGGAGCACACACGUAACCUGGAUUCAGAGAAGGGAAUUAAAUCUGGUAAUAUUUGAGAUUUGAGGAUAGUUUUCAGCUCUUCCUUAUUAUCGGUUUGGAGAUGUGUGCACGUUUCUGAAAGCGAUAGACAGAGGCAAUCUCCCCUCCUUUUAUUCCUCCCCUUCUGUUUUUCCCUUGUACCUUGUGCACAGCUUCUUAAAAUAGCUUUCCUAGGGUUUUUGCCUUUAGUUUUUCCUUUCUGGAAGAUCCCUUAAACUAGUGGUUUUAUGACAUUACACCUGCAUACAGAAAUACUUUCAUAGAUGGGUGUUUUAGCAAAUUAUGAUCCCACUGACAAAAGCUUUUGGAAGGAUCUUUAAGGAAGGUUCCUCCAGCUGUUCCUGAAUAAUGAUACAGAAAACUUCCGUAUAUGUUAAUUAUCUUCUUGUCCUCUGGCAAACAACACUUAUGACAGAGUGUUGGUAUGGAAAUGUGGGUAGGCCUGAAGUGUUUAAAUGUCCAAGACUAGCAAGAAUUGGCUCCUGUAAGUAAUACUGCUUGUGAUAAAGCAAAUGACAUGCUUCACUUUAAGGAAAUCACUAAAAUACUGAGUUCAGUGAGGGUUACCGUUUGAGUGUUUUCUUGGAUAAGGCCAAGUAGCAGCUGUGUGUGGUAAAUUCCAGUAGAAUUUCAAAGAAAUUACUACUUAACUGGAUUCUGAGAGAAUAAACAUUUUAAAAAAAAAAGCAUCAUAAGAAACUCUUGAUAGUUAGCUGCCAUAAGAAGCAACUCAGUUAAAUGAUUUGAAAAAAAAAAAAGUUGUUUUUGAUGCAAGCAUGUUAAAUAAGGUUAUUUAGAAGUAUUGAAACCCCUCAAUGAGGACAAAAGCACAGGUUCCUGUAAUCUUCUUUUCUCUAUGACUGUGUUGCACGUAGCGCCAAAAAGAGUAUCGGAGGGAGGGAAGUGUUGAACUCAGACAUCAAUACAAGUAUUUUGCAAUCUUGUGUUUUGUUUUUUUAAGCAGUGCUUGCGUACUUCAGAGUGGCAUUUGUUCCUUAUUUUUUAGCUGGGUUUUCUGGUGUGCGGGAGUGCACUCGCUUUUCAAGCACCAAAACUAUGGUGGAGCUGAGUCUUAACGUUUGAAGAAAUAGCAGAUGUCUUAGGAAAAAAAAAAAGUAGGUAUUGUUGACCCGGAGAAUAAGAAAAGUAACCUAUAACGACUAUGCUAGUUUUUCAUCCUGUCCAUGUAGUUUCUGCUGAAGAGAGAAUUCUGGGGAGAAUUUGUAGUAAUCUAUAGACAAUAUUGGUUUUUCUGCGUUUUUUGAAUAAGCUAGGAUACUUUUAUAAAAACUUAACCUGUAACUACAAAGCCCAUCAUAGUCUUGUCAAGACGGAAGUGUAUCUGGCAGGAGUCCUAGCAGGGAGCCAGCUUACCCUCGGAGUUAAUUUGCAUGUGUGGACUUAAUCAGCCCAGGGUUAAUUGGUAGGCCACUGAUGAUUCAUACAGAUCACUAUUGCUGAUGUAUAUUUGACAUUGUCUCUAUUCUAAUUGAAGCAGUAUUUCUGGGGGGGGGAAAAAAAGCCCUUUGGAGUGAGCCUGCUGAUGUUGUCUUCGUUCCAUGAAGAAAAGCAGCCCCUCACAACCCUUCCAACACAAUAGUAUUGUGAACUCUGAACCUUCCUAUAGCAGUUUCCUGCAUAUUUGCCGCUUGUAUCGUAGGAAAUUUACAGUGAGUAUUAUGUACAUAAUUCAGUGACAUGCACAUUUGUAAAGUCAGUUUGUAAUAGGUGUGUAAUUCCUUGAGGUGAUAAAUGUGGAGCACGAUAACCUGACCUGUUAGUCUAGUGACUGCAUAGUUAGAAAGACUAACUGUAACUUAGUUUUCCUCUUUCAAUUCAGUUUUGUCAAAUAGGAGAAAUUUGUCAAAUGUGAGAAACCACAAACUGCAUUGUACAUGGUACUUAACAUAAUAGGGAUGUAGAAACAUGACUUUUCACACUGAACAGUGACUUCAGUUUUGUUCCAACCGAGAAAAUAGUAUUACCUAAUGGUUAGAAGGUAUGCCAGUGAAGUUUAAAGUGAGUACUGUAAAUAAGUAAAUAUUGUUUUGAUUCUAAACUCAGAUUGAAUUAAUAUAUUGUUUUAUAUCUUUGUUGUAUUAAAACAUAUUUAAAAGUACUAAAAUAAAAUAUUUGAAAGAUGA